GAAGAAAUCUGAAAAGAAAUUCGGAAGUGGGGGAACAAAAAUACCAUUUCAGUCUCAAAACUCUAACCCUAAAAUCACACGACACCAUCCUUUCUCUUCCAGCUGACAUCCAAAACUAAUAAAAAUUUCCUCUGUGUGUGUUCUCUUCUCUCGAUCGUUGUCUAAGACAGUCACGUUGUCGACCCUUCGCAGCUCGUUCGCACCGGCAAUAGCAAGCAGCGAGCUAGCGACCUGCACUUUGAAUCCAACGAUUUGCUCUCCAGCGACCUGCAUACCGGUCUCUAGAUGGCAAGAUGGGAUGAGAUUUUAUCACUCCCUGUUCAAAACCCUCCAACUUUAGAAUUCUCAGCAUUUGACCUUAUAUGGUCAAAGAUAGAAGGGCAUCGUGACAAUAUGGACAGACUUGCCCUUGUGCCCUUUGCUAGAGUUGAUGACUUUAUUCGUGGUGAAUCCAACAACAAAGAUUGUCCCACAAGAUUUCAUGUAGAAGCUAGAAGAAGACGCCCUCCCAAAAUGCCUUACAAACCUAAAGUUGAUGGCAUUCUUGAAUACAUUCUGUAUUGGUGUUCAUUUGGUCCAGAUGAUCAUAGAAAAGGGGGAGUAGUAAGACCAAGUAGAAGCACAUACAUACCAAAAAAGAAAUCCGCGGGUCGACCCAACACAAAACGGGGCUGCACAUGUCACUUCAUAGUCAAACACCUAAUAGCAGAGCCAUCUGUAGCCCUAAUCAUCUACAACCAAGACAAACACGUGGACAAAAAAGGCCUUCCAUGUCAUGGCCCACAAGACAAGAAAUCUGUGGGGAAACGUGCCAUGUAUGCGCCAUUCAUCUCAGAAGACCUCCGCCUACGUGUCCUUUCUUUACUCCACGUAGGCAUCCCAGUUGAAACAAUCAUGGAAAGACACAAUGAAUCUGUUGAAAAACAAGGAGGUGUUUGCAAUAGAGAUGAUCUUUUGACACAUAGGUAUGUGAGGAUUCAAGAAAGGAAUAUUAGAAGAUCCAAUUUUGAACUUGAUGAAGAUGAUGAUGUCAGCAUUGGGUUAUGGGUUGAGAGAAAUCAAAAUCAUGUGUUUUUUUAUGAGGAUUAUUCGGAUAAUGAUCCGUUUUGUUUAGGGAUUCAAACUGAGUGGCAAUUGCAACAAAUGAUUCGUUUUGGUAAUGGACGUUUACUUGGUUUUGAUUCGAGUUUUGGUGUUAAUAAAUUAAAGAGAAUAAAGCAAUACCUGUUGCAUGGAUAAUAACACCGGUUUUUUCAAGAUCAAUUGAUACUCAUAAAUGGAUGAGAGCUCUUUUUAAUAGAGUAAGGACAAAAGAUCCAACGUGGAAAUUAGCUGGAUUUAUAAUCGAUGAUCCUUUGUUUGAUAUACUCACUAUAAGGGAAGUGUUUCAAUGCUCUGUGUUGAUUUCAUUUUGGAGGGUUCGACAUGCGUGGCAUAAGAAUUUAACGAAGAGGUGUUUGGAUAUGGAGACAAGGGCAAAAUUGUCAAAAACGCUUGGUCAAAUAGUCAAAGAGAUGUGUAGUGGAUGUGGGAACGUUGAAUCUUUUGAUAAUUUUAUGGAAGAUUUUAAGGAAUGUCGAGAUUUCAUGGAUUACUUCAAGGCAACUUGGUGCCCUAGAAUGGGCCCUUGGAUCAAUGCCUUGAAAACCCUAGCUGUUUCAAGCCAAGAAACAUCAUCAACUCUUGAAUUUCAUCACAACCAAUUAAAGAUCCGUUUACUAAAUGAACCCGACCCGUUUAUCUACAAACGGGUCGAUUGGUUACUCGAUAAACUCGCAACCAAAAUCCAAGCCUACUUUUGGCUCGAUGAAUACGAGGGCAAGGACGACUUUUCACGUUACUGGAAAGACGAAUGGACAAGCGGUUUAACCGCAUGGCGCAAAUCACGGGAAAUCCCAGACACGGAUGUUUUGACCGAAGGUCAAACGGUCAAAGUUGUUGACCAAAAAGACCGAGAAAUAACACAUGUUGUGUGGAACCCGGGGUCGGAGUUUGGUAUUUGUAGUUGUGGGUGGGGGCAAAAAGGUAAUUUGUGUGAGCAUGUUUUUAAGGUUGUUUGGUAUUUUAGGGAAAAAGGUUCGGGCAGUCCUUCGGUCAGCUUGUUGCAGUUUAAUCGGGGUUUGAUUGAUAUGUUGAAAUGCCCGGCCGCUAAUUCUUUUAUAAGGGAUCAUGCGGUUUCGUUAGCGGUUUGGGUUAAUGAACAACUUCGAGGGCAAUUUGGGAAAAGUGGGAGGGGCGAAAUGGUAAAUUCAUUUACACGGAUGGAAGUUGACUUGUAGUGAAAUGUAUUUGUA